AGUGUUGAAAUUCAAUUUGAGGAACAAAGCAAUAUUAUGGAUAUAAGUUCAGAAGAAGAAUCUAAUAAAGAAAUAACACUUUAAGGGUAAGAAAAUAGUCGCGUAUGAAGUGCAUAAAAUUCAAUUAAUUUAUUUAAUAUUGUGGAAAUCGUUUGACGCUAACCAGCAGAUAGCGUAAAUCUUAUCGCGACUAGGUUUCAGCAUAUAAUAUUGUGGCGAUCAGCGCUAUGCAUCAGUGCAUACUCGAACUUUAUAUCGAACAGUACGGCAAAAAGUGCAGACAAAAUGGAAUCGCUGCAUAAGUGGAACACUAAUAAGGAAAUUGGUUAUUUAAAGGAAUAUUUACAAAUUGAAAGUGUACACCCGAAUCCUAAUUAUGAUGGUUGCAUUGCUUUUCUUAAAAAACAAGCAGAUAUGUUAAACUUACCAAUAAAUAUACAUUAUCCCUUAAAUAAGGAUAAUCCAAUAGUUAUACUGACUUGGAUAGGACUUGAGCCUGAGCUGCCAGCAAUACUUUUAAAUUCUCAUAUGGAUGUUGUGCCAGUUUUUUCUGAUAGAUGGACGCAUCCACCAUUCGGUGCUGAAAUGGACGAAGACGGUCGUAUAUUUGCUCGUGGUUCGCAGGAUAUGAAAUCUGUGGGAAUGCAAUAUUUGUCAGCUAUAAGAUACCUAAAAACAAAUGGUGCUGUAUUUAAAAGAACUAUACAUUUAUCCUUUGUAGCAGAUGAAGAAAUGGGUGGACGUUAUGGUAUGCGUCCAUUUGUCAAUACUCCUGAAUUUAGGGCGCUUAAUAUUGGAUUUUCUUUAGAUGAGGGCAUGGCAUCGCCAACAGAUGAAAUUCCUGUAUUUAAUGGCGAACGAAGUGUUUGGCGACUGUACUUUAGAAUAUCUGGUACAGCUGGUCACGGAUCACUUCUAUUGAAAAAUACAGCUGGUGAAAAGCUUAAAACAAUACUUAAUAAAAUGAUGCAAUUGCGUGAGGAAUCGGAAGAUCGUUUGAAACGUAAUCCAGAGCUUACACUUGGUGAUGUUACUUCUAUAAAUUUGACACGUGUUAGUGGUGGCGUUCAAAGCAAUGUGAUACCACCACAAAUGGUAGCCUGUUUUGAUUGUCGAUUAGCACUUGAUGUGAAUCAUACAGAAUUUGAGGCUAAAUUGAAGAAAUUUUGUGAAGAAGCAGGUGGUGGUAUUGAUAUUGAGUAUGAACAUAAACUUCCAAGAGUUGAGCCAACAAAGAUGAAUGACAGUAAUCCAUACUGGACAUCUUUUAAAACUGCAAUUGAUAAAUUAAAUCUAAAAAUAAAACCACAAAUCUUUAAUGGUGGUACUGAUAGUCGUUAUAUACGUGGACUGGGAAUACCAGCAAUUGGAUUUUCACCUCUAAACAAUACACCUAUUCUUUUACAUGACAACGACGAGUUUAUUUUUGCAGAUAACUUUUUAAAGGGUAUAGAUAUAUAUGUGCAUAUAAUAACAAAUCUUGCAAAUACUCCAGCGACUAAAGUCAACUAGAAGACCUUCAAAAAAAUAUUUCAACAGACAAUUUAAGUUUCAAAAGACAUUGUUAAGACUAAAAAUUCAGAUAUAUUCUAAAAGUUGAAAACUACUAAAAAAAAAACUAAAUAAAAUAUCAUCUUAAACUAGAUGGAAUUAAACCAGAAAAA